AUGCACACCCGGGAGCUCUUUGUUGAUGCUGCUCGUAAAUGUUUGUCCACUGGAAGGAAACAUCUCUCCGUCCCUCACAGUCUGGAUGUGGCUGCUCAGCUCUCGGCUGUUGAUUCAGCUUUGAAACCCGCUCUGCUGUAUGAUGCCAACAGCGCCACUGCAGAGCAAGUUAAUCGGUAUUUGCGCUUGUGUCAAUCGUCCCAACUCGUGUCAGACUCCCUUGUCACCUUGGACUUGCACGGUAACAGCCUCAUUGUUAACCCAGUUGCGAUCCGCUGCAAUCUAGAGAGGAUUCUUCACAAUAGUGGCCCUGCAGUGAUUGACAUCAGCUACUCACUGGAGACGCCAACCAUCAUCGAGCCAGUCAGAACAGGCCUGAAGAGUAUUGCGCAAGAUCUCCUUUUUCUUCUUAGAGACUUAAAUGCAGCAAAAGAUGUUGACAAAGUCAUUUGUGUGGCAGUGGGUUCAGAUGAGUGGAAUCUGAGUGCUGUCUUCGGACUAUUACUGGGUUACCCCGCCGUCUACUGGUUUGACCAGACUGAGAGCGUUGAAAACUGCCUCGCCAUGACCCCCUUGACAGUGACCACGGCAUCUGCAACCUGGUUUGCAGGUGCCUCCAGCCAUCAACUUUACUCAUUCAGCAUCCCAGCUGUCCUACAGAAUAAGACUCUGUCCAGCCUGGUGGAGUGGAAGCUUGGCCUUCAAGAGAGAUUCCAGCAGCAAAAUAUUCUGAAAGAGCUCACUGUUUGUCAAUCUACAGUCACUCUACCGUCAGUCUGUUUGUGAUCCAACAUCACAUAUUCAUGACUCCAUUAAACUGUUAAAAGAU